AAGUAAAAUAGGAACUCUUUUACCUUUCCGGUAAAGAUAAUUUAAUGCCACAUCAACAUGGAGUCUGUCUACAGUGUACCGUUUUCCCUUCUAGAAUGCCCAAAUCUCAAAUUGAAAAAACCUACUUGGGUACGACAGCCUUCUGCAAUGGUUGUUUUUGCCGCCGUCCUCACAUCAUAUUUUUUAGUUACUGGAGGUGAGCUUUACUUUUUUAAUACGUAGCCGUGUCCUCAAACAAUUAAGUUUAGCAUGAAUGAUGAGUUUAACUUCAACACAUAAAAAACGCCGAAACGCCAGGGCCUAGGCCACUAGGGGAACUCUAAAUACUAACAGAAUCACAAUCACAUAUUAAACAAACCGGUGUCAGUGUAUGUUGCGUAACCAGCCCUUCUCUUCUGGAGGCUUUUUUUUUACUGUACUUAACAUUACAGUAGCAGACCUGAGUAAAUCAUAGUAAAGGGUGAAUAUGGAUGCCACUAUUUUCUCAAUGGCUGCCAUCUUGGUUGACACCUAUGCCUAACCUGAACCCUAAAUCAUAAAUCGAUCCCUAUGCCUAACCUGAACCCUAAAUCAAUGCCUAACCUGAACGUCGUGGCAUCCAUAACUACCAUUAGCCCAGAUCUGUUUACCUCUACUCUGUCUCUUAUAUGCGUUCGACAUAACUACGUUUUUAAGCACUAUGACGAGUCUAAAAAAACUUCUUUUUUUUCAUAUGUUUGAGUCAAUUUUAAUUUUAAAAAUAAAUAAUUGGGGUGUUUUCUUUUCAGUAAAAAGUUACAGUGCAGCAAUCAAAUAAGAAUAACUGGGAUUGGCUUUUGCGGUCUCGAUCUCAAUUACAAUUCAUUGACUCAACCAGAAUAUUAUGUUUAGAGGAUUGCAUUUUUAAUACUUAACUGCGGUAAGUUAAGAGAGAGCGGCCCGCGUCUAUUUCCAUGUGCCUAAGACCUUCUCAUCCUUAAAAAAAACAAAUCCCAGGACUAUACCCUAUAAAUUUAUUUGUGUGAACUUACAUAAGCAGUUAAGUGGAUUUCCUUACACAACUAUGCUGACACUAACCCAAGGGUGUACAGGUCUGCAGUAGUUACAGUUUCAUACAGAAGUAAAGGGCAAAGGAGGGGGUGGGGUGGAAGAGGCAGUCUGCCCUGCAGUGAGAAAUUCUUUUCCUUUUGUGGAGUGGGGGUUGCAUCAUUUUCUGCCAAUCUCAGCCUCAGGGGUUUAAGAUGUGGGAAAAAAUAGGGACUAACUCUACCUAUUGCUAGAAAUACCUGAGUAUUAAUAAAUAGUAAGAAUAAUAAGUCUUAGGAGUAUAACUGAGGUGUAUUGAAACUCAUUAGUCAUAGUCAUAACAGUAAUAGUAUAGCAUCAUCAAUUUUGAUAGGGAUGAUCAAGCUUUAAAUUAAGUUUCUGACUGCUACAAAACAGUGAUUCCUGUGAAUACCAAAUGCCCUUGGUGGCUGAAGCAAAAAGAGUUGCCGAGUUGCUAUUUUCAGGGAUGGUGGUAUUUGUGUGUUGAUCAUGCUCCAUAAUUUGACAAAAGAAGAUAUAUAUGCACAUUGAAAUUAUAAAAUAAAUAGAAGGUGUAUGUAUUUACCUCUACGGUUACAAGCGCAGUACAACCUGUGCUUACCUAUAAUAACAACUAAACAAUUAUGAAAGUAAACAAUAUUUAUUGAGCUAAAAAUAUUUUUCAUGCAGUUCAGUUACAUCACCAUAUUGAUGUACAAUAUUUGACCAGCUUGUUAUGAUUCAUUCACAACCCUCAGUCUUGUAGCAAAACUUAUGACAACGCUCUGUUUUACCAUGAUUCUAUAAACACACAGGCUUACAAGACAGAUUAUAGUUAAGCAAAAGAUCUAUGUCACUGGCUGUGCAUGACGUGAUUAGCAGCCAGCAAGUCUGCACAGCAUGUGAUAUUUGUAGGGAAAUACCAUGAUUUAUGUCCCUUAGAAAUCCUUUGGCAUUUUGCAUUCGAUGGGAUUAGCCCUAUUUCCAGAGGUUUUUUGUGUUGUUAAAAAGUAAAAAGGUUAGGGUUGUGGGUUUGAAAAUUUUGCCAGGGACAGUGCUAUUUCAAGGUUUGCUAAUCACAGGUUGUACUGCUCUUGUAAUCCACAGGUGUACUGCUCUUGUAACUGUUCAGCUGUUUUACUAACUUUAUUUGUCUUGAUAGUGCAACUUUUUUGUCUCUGGUAAUUUAAGAGAUUUUAUACUACAGUUGCUUGGUCUCUGGACAAGAGUUAGGAAUAUAAAAGGCAUUUUAUAAAAAUGACUUGAAGAUGUCACACCUUACAAAUAUGCAUCCAUUUGAGUACAAAGUAAUUGUACACAUGCUACAUGCUCCUGACAUAAAUGAAUUGGCUAAAUUCAUACUAUAUAAGUCUGUGUCCUAACUUCUUAAUAUUAUAAUAAAGUAUAAUAACAUUUUAUGAUUAGAAUAUUACUUUUUAAUGACCUAUGACAGACAAGUCUGACAUAAAUGAAUUGGCUAAAUUCAUACUAUAUAAGUCUGUGUCCUAACUUCUUAAUAUUAUAAUAAAGUAUAAUAAUAUUUUAUGAUUAGAAUAUUACUUUUUAAUGACCUAUGACAGACAAGUCUGACAUAAAUGAAUUGGCUAAAUUCAUACUAUAUAAGUCUGUGUCCUAACUUCUUAAUAUUAUAAUAAAGUAUAAUAAUAUUUUAUGAUUAGAAUAUUACUUUUUAACGACCUAUGACAGACAAGUCUAAAUCCUAACUUCGGAGUUCAAAAGAUAAAAAUGUACAGAUUGUCUGCCUGCAAUUAAUUAUGCAUUUAAUUAUAUUAUCUAUUUCAGUUGUUGAGUACUAAUUCAUCUCAGGGUUUAACCUUUGAUUUGCAUCCUGUCAAUUCAUUUAUGGUUUUUAAUUCAUUUAUACUUAGCAUAGUUUCCAAAAUUGUACAUUGAAAUUUUCUUUACCUUUUAAUUUAUUAAUUUAGGGGAUUCAGUUCUAAGAACAGAUGCUCAAUUGCUAAAAGUAGCUAAUUUUAAAGGUUUUUAUGAACCUAAAAUUCAAAUGUUGUGUCAUUAUAAACAGGGUUAUGAUAGUGAUGAAAUUUAAAAAAAAAAAGAAAGAAAUUCAUUUGAGGGAUGUGUCUCCUUAAAAUUUUUUUACAAAUAUUUUAUAUGGAUCAGGAAAAUUUUGUCAUUUCAAAUUGUAAAAAAUGUAAAUCUUCUUACUCUCAGUAUCUGCAUACGAUGACCUUAAAAUGUCUUAUGAUAGCAGAGAGCAUAGCUGUCAAAUAUGGAAACGUUUGCCCAAACCAAAAUCGUUUAAACAUUUGUGUUUGUUGCCACCAGGUAUCAUUUAUGAUGUCAUUGUUGAACCCCCAAGUAUUGGCUCAACAACAGAUGAACGAGGAAACUCAAAACCAGUAAGUGUGCUCACCCAUCAAAUAGUUUGGCUUAAUUAAUCUGAAAUCAUCUGAUGUCUCUCUAAAUAUUCAACUAUCUUAAUGCAGUUUAGUGAAAAUAUCUUUGAAUAUUCAACUGUCCUAAAGCAGUGCAAGAUAAAUUGAUAAAUCUUUGAAUAUUCAACUAUCUUAAUGCAAUUUAAGUGAAAAUGAUCUCAUAAAUAUUAUUCAACUAUCCUAAAGCAGUUCAAGGUAAAAUGAUGUCUUUAAAUUUUCAACUUUCCCUAAAGCAAUUCAAGUGAAAAUGAUGAUUUAUUAAAUAUUCAACUAUCCCAAAACACUGCAAGUUAAAAUGAUGAUAUCUUUAAAUAUUCAACUAUCUUGAAGCAGUGCAAGUUACAAUGAUUUGUUCUUGUUGCUUCCAAAGGUUGCCUUCAUGCCAUACAGAGUAAAUGGUCAGUAUAUUAUGGAGGGUCUUGCUUCCAGUUUUCUGUUUACCCUUGGCGGUCUGGGUUUUGUCAUCCUCGACCAGACUAAUAAACCGCUGAUGCCUAAGCUGAACCGCAUCCUGCUGAUCUGCGUUGGAGCCGGUGCUGUGGUCAUUGCAUUUUUUACAUGCAGAGUUUUCAUGAAAAUUAAAUUACCGUAAGUUUUGCUCUGACCAUACUAAAUGUUGAUUUUACAACACUGUACAUUUUUAAUUAAAUAAUCUAAUCUUUCUUGUGGUGUUUUUUUUCACUCAGUCCAUAUAAUUAUGUUUCCAUGAAUGUUCCUGGAGCUUUGUUCAAAAUAAAAUGUCACAACUAAAAAUUACUUCUUAUAGGCAACAUUAAAAAUGUAUUUUUAAAGAUCUAUUGUUCAUUGUUGUUAAGUUGUUUGGCAUAAAAAUGUUCAAGACUGUUAUUUUCAUUAUUUAUUUAAACAUAACAUUGAGAAUUUUUUUUUUUAUUUCCCCCUUUUUUUUUUUCAGUGGCUACAUGCAGUCUUAGAGUGCAGCAACAGACCAUAGUGCGAGAGUGUGAUAGAUUAAAAUGUUUACAUUUUCACAAUCCAAAAAAGACACUAUCAGUGAUGUUUACUUAAUCUCCUUUUGGAAUACUAGAUUGCAAGCUGAGCGUUGUGGAGUGACUUUUUAUUUGAGAAAGAAAGAUGUUUAUAACUUAGACCUUUCAACUUCCUACAAAAUAUGUUAAUGCUGUUGCUGCUCAUUUAAACACCAUCAAUCAGUUGUAUGUGUUGCUUCUUAGGUCUCCCCAGAGAUUUACCAAUUAAAGUGAAUUGUUAUGGCAUCAUACUGGAAGCUUUAUUAAACUAUGUUAUUCUACAUUAGUUUAUGGUAUUUAUGAAUAUAAUUAUUUUGGUUGUCUUUCCUGUUUUACCCUAACCCUCUUAAAGUUCUAAAAUGUCCUCCAAUUUCUGUAUUGGAACGCAAUUUUAAAUAUACACUUAAAAUUAAAUCGUUCUCUUCAGCCAGGUUAAGAGUUAGAGACUAUACCAAAUAAUUUUUAUUUAGUUAAUGUUUAUAUAUGUCUGGUAUAAAAAUGAAGAAAGAAAGCAGUAAUUUAAAUAAAAAAAUGUAUCAACAGGUACUUUAUUAUUUUUGCAACAGGUGGAAAAAAAAUUAAAGACUGCUUUUCACUGAGCUCAAUCCAGAAUGAAGAAUUACAAAUGAUAACACAUGAUGUCAAACCAAUAGGGGUUAGUUAAGUAGGCUUGUGUAGAAUCAUUAUAGAUAAGCCAAGAACACCCUUGUUUUGCAUUAUGAGAGCAAGUCCACCCACAAACAUAUAACAAACAAAAUCUAAUGAAGGAUAACUGAAGGUCUUUGAUCACUUUGGAGGGAAAAAAAAUAGAUUUUGAGACUAUAGUUAUAAGUAAAAUCAACAAAUAUGUUAGUCUAAAGAAAAAAACUAAACAUAUUGUGCCUAGUCUCAUGAGUUUUGAACAACUAGGUUUCAACAAUAAAUGUUCCCUGGGAAUACUGUGCCCAUACACUUCACUCUAUUCCCCUUAAUUAAAAUAAAAAGUUUUGAACAUUAAAAUAAAAAGUUUUGAAAAUUUAAACUCGCAUAUUUAAAACAAUUUAACUUGCACAUUAUGGCAUUAUUUCUUGACAUAACUUUGUCAUUAUGAAGAACAGCUGCUUCAUUGGAAUUGAUUCAGACCUUAAUUUAACAGGCAAUACUUUUCUUAAAGCAACAAGUCAAAUGUAACUAGUGUGGAGGGGGGUAGAAACGGAAAAAAAAUCCCAUUAAAAACAUUACACCCUAACCAGCUGAGCCACCAGGUUAAAGUAAUUGUCCUUAUCAUGUACAUGUCUAUUUGUAGGAAGUUAAACCUGCUACACGAAUAAAAGUAAAAAAUUCCUUUCACAUUUACAGGUUCACAAGUAAACAUUUUUAACUCCAGUCGGGGUGAAUAACGUAAUGUCUGGGAGUCGGUGCAUGUGGCCUGGUGUAGUGGGAGCUCCAGUUAUUGACAGGGUUGUCAUCCUUGUAUUCUAGGAGAUUUAAAAAAAUAAUUAUGGAAUAAACUCGUGCAAAAAACAUAAAUUAAAGUAAAGAGAAAAAUUGUUAAUAUAAAGUCAUUGAGACACAUGAAUUAAAGAGAAACAUUGGUAAUAUAAAGUUAUAAAAACAAAGGAAUUAAAAUUAAAGAGAAACAUUGGUAAUAUAAAGUUAUAAAAACAAAGGAAUUAAAGUUAAAGAGAAACAUUGGUAAUAUAAAGUCCUAGAAACACAGGAAUUAAAAAGAAACAUUGGUAAUAUAAAGUCCUAGAAACACAGGAAUUAAAAUUAAAGAGAAACAUUGGUAAUAUAAAGUUAUAAAAACAAAGGAAUUAAAAUUAAAGAGAAACAUUGGUAAUAUAAAGUUAUAAAAACAAAGGAAUUAAAGUUAAAGAGAAACAUUGGUAAUAUAAAGUCCUAGAAACACAGGAAUUAAAAAGAAACAUUGGUAAUAUAAAGUCCUAGAAACACAGGAAUUAAAAUUAAAGAGAAACAUUGGUAAUAUAAAGUUAUAAAAACAAAGGAAUUAAAAUUAAAGAGAAACAUUGGUAAUAUAAAGUUAUAAAAACAAAGGAAUUAAAGUUAAAGAGAAACAUUGGUAAUAUAAAGUCCUAGAAACACAGGAAUUAAAGAGAAACAUUGGUAAUAUAAAGUUAUAAAAACAAAGGAAUUAAAGUUAAAGAGAAACAUUGGUAAUAUAAAGUCCUAGAAACACAGGAAUUAAAAUUAAAGAGAAACAUUGGUAAUAAAAAGUUAUAAAAACAAAGGAAUUAAAGUUAAAGAGAAACAUUGGUAAUAUAAAGUCAUAGAAAGACAUGAAUUAAAGAGAAACAUUGGUAAUAUAAAGUCAUGGAAACAUUAGUAAUCCAGUAAUAAUUGGUGGAUAAAGUCUAUUUCUUUGUGUUACCAAUUUUUCUAUAUUGAUCUACUAACAGGAAAACGGCUGGUGUUACUAACAUAUGCUAGAUAUACAUACAUUUUGUAAUAAAGAGAGCAGUGGGUCAGCUCAAAACAAACUUUAGUAAUAGUAAUAAAGAGAAGGAUUGAUCUAUAAACUCCUACAACAUAAAAUCAAUAGGAAUGGGGAUAUUAUUGUAUUAAUUUGAGGAUGAGGCUGAUUGACCAACUGAUACAAUACAAGAUACAACAAAACCCCUCAGACUAGAAGUAGAAGGACUGCACUCAACACAUGAGGGGUGGUAACACAAUGUUUUGGUCCCCUUCUAGUUCUAGGCCCCUCUUCCUCUUACUGGAAAGUUGCCUUCUUUGUUGUCUAAGGUUUGUUUUAGUCUAUUUUUUUAUUACGCCACCUCAAAGCAUAAUUUAGGA